GGCCCCUGGUGAAAGUCUAUGAGCUGGGGUACUGGGGAAACAGAGCAAAGUACAGCAAAAAGGGUGGGUCCAACAGCCCCCUGGUGUAGAGGAGUAUUUAUCUGUUGAUCGCAGUAUCGGUGUGGUGUGACAGGCCGCGGAUUUUCUGUACCUCAGGCCCCGGUGCCCCCUGCUCUCAGGCCCGGAGAUGCCAUUACUUUUUCUUGAGCGUUUCCCAUGGCCCAGCCUGCGGACUUACACGAUACUGAGCGGCCUCUUGUUGGGCCUGAGUUUACUUAGCGCCUACAGGACGCUAAACGGAGAACUCGGCGAUACUAAUCCGGGAGAAGCGGCAGAAUCUGGGGAUAGAUUUUCAGAAGAGGUGGAGGACUGGGCCGUGGAGCUGGGCCAGUACCUGGUAUCUGACAGUUUGGGGGUGUGGGUUCUUGUGAACACUGUGUGCUGUUUGCUGAUGUUAUUUGCUAAAUUAAUCCAGUAUAUGGUGUUUGGACCUCUGCGUGUCAGUGAGAGGCAGCAUUUGAAGGACAAGUUCUGGAACUUCAUAUUCUACAAGUUUAUCUUCAUCUUUGGGGUUCUGAACGUACAGACAGUGGAGGAGGUAGUGAUGUGGUUCCUGUGGUUUGCCGGCCUAGUGUUUCUACACCUUAUGGUGCAGCUUUGCAGGGACAGGUUUGAAUAUCUGUCAUUCUCUCCGACCACCCCGAUGAGCUGCCACAUUCGUGUGUUGGUCUUGCUGAAUGCUAUGCUUUUGGCGUGCUGUGGGCUGGCGGUGUUGUGCGUUCUGGCAGGAUACAGCCAUGGGAUGCACACACUGGCUUUCAUGGCUGCAGAGUGUAUGCUGGUGACUGUGAGAACAGCACACGUUGUCUUACGCUAUGUCAUCCAUCUCUGGGACCUAAAUCACGAAGGUACAUGGGAAAGCAAAGGGACAUAUGUGUAUUACACAGAUUUUGUAAUGGAGCUCAGCCAGCUCUCCAUGGACCUGACACAUCAUAUCCACAUGUUGCUGUUCGGCAAUAUCUGGCUUUCCAUGGCCAGCUUGGUCAUUUUCAUGCAACUUCGACAUCUCUUCCAUGAGUUUCAGCGUCGACUCAAACGUCACAAGAAUUAUCUAAGGGUUGUUGGAAACAUGGAAGCUCACUUUGCUGUGGCAACAGCUGAAGAACUUGAGGCUAAUAAUGAUGAUUGUGCCAUAUGUUGGGAUUCCAUGCAAGCUGCCCGCAAGCUCCCUUGUGGACACCUCUUUCACAACUCGUGUCUCCGCUCGUGGCUGGAGCAGGACACUUCUUGCCCAACUUGCAGAAUGUCUCUGAACAUGGCCGAGAACAACAGAGCUCGUGGAGAGCAACAAAGGGACAACACAGAGCAGAACCUGAUACCGCUGGCAGUAACAGAAGGGCGUCCCAGACUCAAUCACCAUAACCAUUUCUUCCAUUUUGAUGGUUCUCGGUUUGCUAGCUGGCUACCCAGCUUCUCAGUGGAAGUCAUGCACACAACCAAUAUCUUGGGAAUUGCACAAGCAAGUAACUCACAGUUGAAUGCAAUGGCCCGUCAGGUUCUGGACAUGUUUCCUCAGGUUCCCUAUCACCUCAUUGUGCAAGAUUUGCAACUCACUCGUUCAGUAGAGAUAACGACUGACAAUAUUUUGGAGGGUCACAUACAAGUGCCUUUUCCCACUCAGGUUCAGGAUGAAGCAAGACCUGUCCCUGGUAGCUCUCCAGAAAAUAAUAGGCCAGAGGAAGAGGAAACCUCUGCUAGGACUGAGCGGGUUCCUUUGGAUCUGAGCCCAAGUAUGGAGGAGUUUGAAGGAUUCACUGAGGUGGAGGCCCAGCCAAGUGCAGCUGAAAACUUUGAAGCUAGAGGCAGCAGGUUUUCCAAGUCUGCAGAGGAAAGACAAAGAAUGUUGGUCCAGAGGAAGGAGGAUAUGGUUCAACUUGCUAGGAGGCGUUACUUGAACAGUACAUCGGAGGCAGAAGAAUCAUCAUCAUCAUCAGAGAGCAGUCAGCAUGUGGAUGGUGCCUCUUCGGACUCUGUAACUGUGCGCAGACGGACACUGGCGGCUGCUGCAGAGCGCAGGAUCCAGAUGCGACAGUGACAUACAGACCUAUAUGAGCUGCACACAGACACCUUCUGACCCUUUGCCCUAUAUGUGAGCUUCAAAGGCUCACUCAGAGCCCCUUUUGUAAUAUUUUUACUGCAAUAUGUUUAGAACAAGGGGAUAUGCUGCUUAAUCCCACUGCACAUUUUGUGCAUGCAAAUCCUUUUUCCUCCAGCCGGAUAUAUUUUAAUAAUACUGGAGUCAAGGGAGGGGCUAUGUAUUUCUCCUGGCUAACACGAGGAAAUGCUGCAUCAGUAUUUUAAGAAGAGGAUGAAGCCUCUGGUGACAUUAGACUAUUAAAGUAAAAUACAUAAACAGCUUCUGAUUUUUCCAUUCUUUUUAAGUAUUUACUCAGCAAAGACUCACAAUAAUAUGGUAAGAAUAUUUGGAAAUGAACUCCAGUAUGGGGAUAAGCAUUUCCCCCUCUGCCCCCUCUGAAGAUGGUAGAUUUUAAAAAUCACAAAUCUGUGUUACUUGUAUUAAUCUGCAACUGUUGGCCUCAUCUUCUCAAAGAACAUGAAAGAUAAAAGGCUCUAAAGACAUGGCCUACCUGGCCUUUCUGUGCAGUCUGUGGCCAAAACACGGCUAGAAGUAGAGUCGGGAGCAGGAUUAAGGCUCUCUGAACCAUAGACAUUUAGGAAUAUAGUUUUUAUGCCACCGGUCACACAGCUUGAGAGGCAGCAGCUACAGUUCCAAAAAAACCUUUAUUGAGCAAACAUCAGAUUUACAAUCUUCUUGCUAACAAGGUAUUUUCUUGAGAGUUUAUUAUUUACCACUUUGUAACAGCUAUGACUUCUGGGAAAUAAGAUUUUUCUACAGUAGCCAAUUCUGUUAACCUGUUACAAGUUAGUAAAUAACAAAGCAUAAUAUUUUGCACCUAUUUAAAUACAUGGCAAACAUGGCUGGCUUUGUUUUGACAGUUAAAAGGUUUCACUGUGCUCCAUUAUAUGAAGUAUGUGCAUAUUCUGCAGAUAGUAAGUAAUUCAAGGGAUUUAAGGGAAUAUAAUCGUCAAAACUGAAAUGUGUAGAGUGCAUUUACAUUUUUAACAGAAACAUUUUCCAUUAUACCUUCAUUAACAAAAAUUCUUUUAGUAAAAGCCUAUCUCUGUUUCAGCAGCAUAUGCACAUAUGCAUCUGCUCAGAAAGUGGUUUGUAUAACGCAAAUUAAGCCAUCCCUGACACAAUACACGGCACAGCUUGCUUUCUACCAUUGUGCACAAUUUGAAGGUGCAUGGGGCAUCUGUAGCAUAUUUACAUAUGUGGUUGAAACGAGAAGAAAACUAGAAGCAUAUUUGCUAAUACAAGUAUGCACAUUUCAGAUUUGACCAUUUCUCCCUUUUAAAUGGCAACAUGUUUUAACUCAUGCAGAAUUAUUAAAAAAAUAAUAAAAAUUAGUAUUAGAAUUUUUGCAUCUUAAAGGGACACUGAACCUAAAUCCAAAUUUUAAAGGGCCACUGUAAGUAAAUAUUUUCUAUGCCUGUUACUAACUAACUACCCCAAAUACGCUUUUUAUCAAUAGCAUUUCAUUAACAUAUCUCUACCGUACAUCAGAAAUCUUGUCUGCAAAUUUAAUUGUUUUCCAAACCCACUCCGUGGGUAUCCUUUGCUCUGUACCAAUCCGUUUACAAUACCUAGGUUUCAAAAUGGCGCUUUAAACACAAAGUUAUUGGUUUAAGUAUUUUGAACACUCAGUGCUGAAAAUAGUGGGCAGGAUAACGUGACAUCAUCAGCGAAUAAAAUAUAUAACUUUUAGAACGUUAUGAAACUUCGUUUUGGAGAAAAUAUAGGUCAGUAGGUUUUAAUUAAUGUUUAUUAACUUUAAUAUGUUAGUUGUUUAGCUUAAAAAUUAUAACAGAAAGUAAUCCUUUAAGCAACUUUCUAAUUUACUCCUAUUAUCAUUUUUUUUUCCGUUCUCUUGCUGUCUUUAUUUUAAAAGCAGGAAUGUAAAUCUUAGCAGCCAGCCCAUUUUAUGUUCAGCACCAUGGAUAGCGCUUGAUUAGAGACUUACAUUUACCCACCAAUAAGCAAGCAUAACCCAGGUUCUCAACCAAAAAUGGGCCGGCUCCUAUGCUUUUUAAAUAAAGAUAGCAAGAGAACAAAGAAAAAUUGAUAAUAGGAGUGAAUUAGAAAGUUGCUUAAAAUUGCAUGCUUUAUCUGAACCAUGAAAGAAAAAAAAUUGGGUUUAGUGUCUCUUUAACCCCUUAAUGACCACAGCACUUUUCCAUUUUCUGUCCGUUUGGGACCAAGGCUAUUUUUACAUUUCUGCGGUGUUUGUGUUUAGCUGUAAUUUUCCUCUUACUCAUUUACUGUACCCACACAUAUUAUAUACCGUUUUUCUCGCCAUUAAAUGGACUUUCUAAAGAUACCAUUAUUUUCAUCAUAUCUUAUAAUUUACUAUAAAAAAAAUUAUAAAAUAUGAGGAAAAAAUUGAAAAAAACCACACUUUUUCUAACUUUGACCCCCAAAAUCUGUUACACAUCUACAACCACCAAAAAACACCCAUGCUAAAUAGUUUCUAAAUUUUGUCCUGAGUUUAGAAAUACCCAAUGUUUACAUGUUCUUUGCUUUUUUUGUAAGUUAUAGGGCCAUAAAUACAAGUAGCACUUUGCUAUUUACAAACCAUUAUUUCUCUUGUUAAGUGUAGUCAGUCCACGGGUCAUCCAUUACUUAUGGGAUUAUAUCUCCUUCCCAACAGGAAGUUGCAAGAGGAUCACCCAAGCAGAGCUGCUAUAUAGCUCCUCCCCUCACAUGUCAUACCCAGUCAUUCUCUUGCAACUCAACAUAGAUAGGUCGUUGUGAGAGGUCUGUGGUGUUUUUUAAACUUAGUUUAUGUCUUCAAUCAAAAGUUUGUUAUUUUAAAUGGCACCGGAGUGUGCUGUUUGUUCUCAGGCAGUAUUAGAAGAAGAAUCUGCCUGCGUUUUCUAUGAUCUUAGCAGAAGUAACUAAGAUCCACUGGCUGUUUCUCGCACAUUCUGAGGAGUGAGGUAACUUCAGAAAGGGGAAUAGCAUGCGGGGCCCCCCUGCAAACGAGGUAUGUGCAGUAAAUUAUUUUUCUAAGGAAUGGAAUUGACUAGAAAAUACUGCUGUUACCAAUGUAAUGUAAGUACAGCCUUGAAUGCAGUGGUAGCGACUGGUAUUAGGCUGAUGAGUGUACGUGCACUGAAGUAUUUUUCUAGGGAAUGGAAUUUGUCUAAGAAAAUACUGUUAAUGCUGAAGUAAUGUUUGAGCCUUAACUGCAGUAAAAGCGACUGGUAGCAGGCUUAUUAAUAACACUUCAUAAUCUUUUAAUGUUCAAAACGUUUACUGGCAUGUUAAUCGUUUUUUGUGAGGUACUUGGUGAUAAAACUUAUUGGGGCAUGAUUUUUCCACAUGGCUAACGUUUAUUUCUGCAUAGAAACAGUUAACUGAGAAUUCCCACUGUUGUAAUAUGAGUGGGAGGGGCCUAUUUUAGCGCUUUUUUGCGCAGUAAAAAUUCAGUCACAGUUUUCCUACUUCAUCCUCCAUGAUCCAGGACGUCCCUAGAGAGCUCAGGGGUCUUCAAAAUUUAUUUUGAGGGAGGUAAUCAGUCACAGCAGACCUGUGACAGUGUGUUUGACUGUGAUAAAAACGUUAUUUGUUAAAUUGAUAUCCGUUUUUGGGUAUUAAGGGGUUAAUCAUCCAUUUGCUGGUGGGUGCAAUCCUUUGCUAAUUUAAUACAUUUACUGUGAAAUUUUGGUUGCUAUAACUGAUUUGGUUCAUUGUUAUUUCAACUGUGACAGCUUUUUGUGCUUCUUAAAGGCGCAGUAGCGUUUUUUAUAUUGCUUGUAAAUUUAUUGAAAGUAUUUUCCAAGCUUGCUAGUCUCAUUGCUAGUCUAUUUAAACAUGUCUGACACAGAGGAAUCUGCUUGUUCACUAUGUUUGAAGGCCAAUGUGGAGCCCCAUAGAAAUUUGUGUACUAAAUGCAUUGAUGUCACUUUAAAUAAAAGUCAAUCUUUACAUGUAAAGAAAUUAUCACCAGACAACGAGGGGGAAGUUAUGCCGACUAACUCUCCUUACGUGUCAGUACCUUCGCCUCCCGCUCAGGAGGUGCAUGAUAUUGUGGCGCCAAGUACAUCAGAGAGGCCCAUACAAAUCACUUUGCAAGACAUGGCUGCUGUUAUGACCGAGGUAUUAUCUAAAUUGCCAGAAUUAAGAGGCAAGCGCGAUUGCUCAGGGUUAAGGACAGAGCGCGCUGAUGAUGGGAGAGCCAUGUCUGAUACUGCGUCACAAUUUGCAGAACAUGAGGACGGAGAGCUUCAUUCUGUGGGUGACGGAUCUGAUCCAGGGAGACUGGAUUCAGAGAUUUCUAAUUUUAAAUUUAAGCUUGAAAACCUCUGCGUACUGCUAGGGGAGGUAUUAGCAGCUCUGAAUGAUUGUAACACGGUUGCAAUUCUAGAGAAAUUAUGUAGGCUGGAUAGAUACUAUGCGGUACCGGUGUGUACUGACGUUUUUCCUAUACCUAAGAGGCUUACAGAGAUUAUUAGCAAGGAGUGGGAUAGGCCCGGUGUGCCCUUUUCCCCCCUCCUAUAUUUAGGAAAAUGUUUCCAAUAGACGCCACCACACGGGACUUAUGGCAGACGGUCCCUAAGGUGGAGGGAGCAGUUUCUACUUUGGCUAUGCGUACUACUAUCCCGGUGGAGGAUAGUUGUGCUUUUUCAGAUCCAAUGGAUAAAAAAUUAGGUUACCUUAAGAAAAUGUUUGUUCAACAAGGUUUUAUCUUACAGCCCCUUGCAUGCAUUGCGCCUGUCACUGCUGUGGCGGCAUUCUGGUUUGAGUCUCUGGAAGAGGCCAUUUGCACAGCUCCAUUGGAUGAGAUUAUGAACAAGCUUAAAGCACUUAAGCUAGCUAACGCAUUUGUUUCUGAUGCUGUUGUACAUUUAACCAAAUUAACGGCUAAGAACUCUGGUUUCGCCAUCCAAGCGCGCAGAGCGCUAUGGCUUAAAUCAUGGUCAGCUGACGUGACUUCUAAAUCUAAAUUGCUUAAUAUUCCUUUCAAAGGGCAGACCUUGUUUGGGCCCGGCUUGAAAGAAAUUAUUGCUGACAUUACUGGGGGUAAGGGUCAUACUCUUCCUCAGGACAAGGCCAAAUCUAAGGCCAAACAGUCUAAUUUUCGUGCCUUUCGUAACUUCAAGGCAGGAGCAACAUCAACUUCCUCAGUUCCAAAACAGGAAGGAACUGUUGCUCGUUACAGACAGGGCUGGAAAGCUAACCAGUCCUGGAACAAGGGCAAGCAGGCCAGAAAACCUGCUUCUGCCCCUAAGACAGCAUGAAGAGAGGGCCCCCUAUCCGGAAACGGAUCUAGUGGGGGGCAGACUAUCUCUCUUCGCCCAGGCUUGGGCAAGAGAUGUCCAGGAUCCCCUGGUGUUGGAGAUCAUAUCUCAGGGAUACCUUCUGGACUUCAAAGCUUCUCCUCCACAAGGAAGAUUUCAUCUUUCAAGGUUAUCAGCAAACCAAAUAAAGAAAGAGGCGUUUCUACGCUGUGUAAAAGACCUCUUAUUAAUGGGGGUGAUCCACCCAGUUCCGUGGACGGAACAAGGGCAAGGAUUUUACUUAAAUCUGUUUGUGGUCCCCAAGAAAGAGGGAACCUUCAGACCAAUCUUGGACCUAAAGAUCUUAAACAAAUUCCUAAGAGUUCCAUCAUUCAAAAUGGAAACUAUUCGAACCAUCCUACCCAUGAUCCAAGAGGGUCAAUACAUGACCACAGUGGACUUAAAGGAUGCCUACCUUCACAUACCGAUUCACAAAGAUCAUUAUCGGUACCUAAGAUUUGCCUUUCUAGACAGGCAUUACCAGUUUGUAGCUCUUCCCUUCGGGUUAGCUACGGCCCCGAGAAUCUUUACAAAGGUUCUGGGCUCUCUUCUGGCGGUACUAAGACCGCGAGGCAUAGCGGUGGCUCCGUACCUAGACGACAUUCUGAUACAAGCGUCAAGUUUUCAAAUUGCCAAGUCUCACACAGAGAUAGUUCUGGCGUUUCUGAGGUCGCAUGGGUGGAAGGUGAACGUGGAAAAGAGUUCUCUAUUACCACUCACAAGGGUUCCCUUCCUAGGGACUCUUAUAGAUUCUAUAGAGAUGAAAAUUUACCUGACGGAGUCCAGGUUAUUAAAGCUUCAAAAUACUUGCCGUGCCCUUCAUUCCAUUCCACACCCGUCAGUAGCUCAGUGCAUGGAAGUAAUCGGCUUAAUGGUUGCGGCAAUGGACAUAGUACCAUUUGCGUGCCUGCAUCUCAGACCACUGCAAUUGUGCAUGCUCAGUCAGUGGAAUGGGGAUUACUCAGAUUUGUCCCCUCUACUAAAUCUGGAUCAAGAGACCAGAGAUUCUCUUCUAUGGUGGCUUUCUCGGCCCCAUCUGUCCAAGGGGAUGACCUUUCGCAGGCCAGAUUGGACAAUUGUAACAACAGACGCCAGCCUUCUAGGUUGGGGCGCAGUCUGGAACUCCCUGAAGGCUCAGGGAUCGUGGACUCAGGAGGAGAAACUCCUCCCAAUAAAUAUUCUGGAGUUAAGAACAAUAUUCAAUGCUCUUCUAGCUUGGCCUCAGUUAGCAACACUGAGGUUCAUCAGAUUUCAGUCGGACAACAUCACGACUGUGGCUUACAUCAACCAUCAAGGGGGAACCAGGAGUUCCCUAGCGAUGUUGGAAGUCUCAAAGAUAAUUCGCUGGGCAGAGUCUCACUCUUGCCACCUGUCAGCGAUCUACAUCCCAGGCGUGGAGAACUGGGAGGCGGAUUUUCUAAGUCGCCAGACUUUUCAUCCGGGGGAGUGGGAACUUCAUCCGGAGGUCUUCGCUCAACUGAUUCAUCGUUGGGGCAAACCAGAUCUGGAUCUCAUGGCGUCUCGCCAGAACGCCAAGCUUCCUUGUUACGGAUCCAGAUCCAGGGACCCGGGAGCGGCGCUGAUAGAUGCUCUGACAGCCCCUUGGGUCUUCAAAAUGGCUUAUGUGUUUCCACCAUUCCCGAUGCUGCCUCGACUGAUUGCCAAGAUCAAACAGGAGAGAGCAUCGGUGAUUUUGGUAGCGCCUGCGUGGCCACCCAGGACCUGGCAUGCAGACCUAGUGGACAUGUCGUCCUGUCCACCAUGGUCUCUGCCUCUGAGGCAGGACCUUCUAAUUCAGGGUCCUUUCAACCAUCCAAAUCUAAUUUCUCUGAGGCUGACUGCAUGGAGAUUGAACGCUUGAUUCUAUCAAAGCGUGGCUUCUCGGAGUCGGUUAUUGAUACCUUAAUACAGGCUAGGAAGCCUGUUACCAGAAAAAUUUACCAUAAGAUAUGGCGUAAAUAUUUAUAUUGGUGCGAAUCCAAGAGUUACUCAUGGAGUAAGGUUAGGAUUCCUAGGAUAUUGUCUUUUCUACAAGAGGGUUUAGAAAAGGGCUUAUCUGCUAGUUCGUUAAAGGGACAGAUUUCGGCUCUGUCUAUUCUUCUACACAAACGUCUGGCAGAAGUUCCAGAUGUUCAGGCUUUUUGUCAGGCUUUGGCUAGGAUUAAGCCUGUGUUUAAGACUGUUGCUCCGCCGUGGAGCUUAAACUUAGUUCUUAACGUUUUGCAAGGUGUUCCAUUUGAACCCCUUCAUUCCAUUGAUAUCAAGCUGUUAUCUUGGAAAGUUCUGUUUUUGAUGGCUAUUUCCUCGGCUCGAAGAGUCUCUGAGUUAUCUGCCUUACAUUGUGAUUCUCCUUAUCUAAUUUUUCAUUCAGACAAGGUAGUUCUGCGUACUAAACCUGGGUUCUUACCUAAGGUAGUUUCUAACAGGAAUAUCAAUCAAGAGAUUGUUGUUCCAUCUUUGUGUCCUAACCCUUCUUCAAAGAAGGAACGACUUUUGCAUAAUCUGGACGUAGUCUGUGCCCUGAAGUUCUAUUUGCAGGCAACUAAGGAUUUUCGUCAAACUUCUUCUCUGUUUGUCGUUUACUCUGGACAGAGGAGAGGUCAAAAAUCUUCGGCUACCUCUCUCUCCUUUUGGCUUUGUAGCAUCAUACGUUUAGCCUAUGAGACUGCUGGACAGCAGCCUCCUGAAAGAAUUACAGCUCAUUCCACUAGAGCUGUGGCUUCCACCUGGGCCUUUAAGAAUGAGGCCUCUGUUGAACAGAUUUGCAAGGCUGCAACUUGGUCUUCACUUCACACUUUUUCAAAAUUUUACAAAUUUGACACUUUUGCUUCUUCGGAGGCUAUUUUUGGGAGAAAGGUUCUUCAGGCAGUGGUUCCUUCCGUUUAAAGUUCCUGCCUUGUCCCUCCCAUCAUCCGUGUACUUUUUGCUUUGGUAUUGGUAUCCCAUAAGUAAUGGAUGACCCGUGGACUGACUACACUUAACAAGAGAAAACAUAAUUUAUGCUUACCUGAUAAAUGUAUUUCUCUUGUAGUAAGCAUAAAUUAUGUUUUUUCAAAAUUAGCGCUAGUUACAUUAGAACACUAAUAUCUUUCAGGAAUCUCUGAAUAUCCAUUGACAUGUAUAUAUUUUUUUUUAGUAGGCAUCCCAAAGUAUUCAUCUAGGCCCAUUUUGGUAUAUUUCAUGCCACCAUUUCACCGCCAAAUGCGAUUAAAUACAAAAAUCGUUCACUUUUUUACUCAUUUUUUCACAAACUUUUGGUUUCUCACUGAAAUUAUUUACAAACAGCUUGUGCAAUUAUGGCUUAAAUUGUUGUAAAUGCUUCUCUGGGAUCCCCUUUGUUCAUAAAUAGCAGACAUAUAUGGCUUUGGCGUUGCUUUUUAGUAAUUGGAAGGCUGCUAAAUGCCACUGCGCACUACACGUGUAUUAUGCCCAGCAGUGAAGGGGUUAAUUAUGGAGCAUGUAGGGAGCUUUUAGGGAUACUUUUAGCUUUAGUGUAGUGUAGUAGACAACCCCAAGUAUUGAUCUAGGCCAAUUUUUGUAUAUUUCAUGCCACCAUUUCACCGCCAAAUGCGAUCAAAUUAAAAAAAACGUUAAAUUUUUCACAAUUUUAGGUUUCUCACUGAAAUCAUUUACAAACAGCUUGUGCAAUUGUGGCACAAAUGGUUGUAAAUGCUUCUCUGGGAUCCCCUUUGUUCAGAAAUAGCAGACAUAUAUGGCUUUGGCGUUGCUUUUUGGUCAUUAGAAGGCCGCCAAAUGCCGCUGCAUUUCACACGUGUAUUAUGGCUAGCAGUGAAGGGGUUAAUUAUCUAUAUUGCAGGGUUAAUUUUAGCUUUAGUGUAGAGCUCAGCCUCCCACCUGAAACAUGAGACCCCCUGAUCCCUCCCAAACAGCUCUCUUCCCUCCCCCACCCCACAAUUGUCCCCGCCAUCUUAAGUACUGGCAGAAACUCUGCCAGUACUAAAAUAAAAGCUAUACUUGGGCUUUUUUUUGUUUUUUUUUGCAAAUUUACAUAUGCUGCUGUGUAGGAUCCCCCCUUAGUCCCCAACCUCACUGAUCCCCCACCAAACAGCUCUCUAACCCUCCCCCUCUGCCUUAAUGGGCGCCAUCUUGGGUACUGGCAGCUGUCUGCCAGUACCCAGUUUAGUAACAAAUGUGCCUUUUUUUUUAAAAAAAAUUCCCUUUUCUGUAGUGUAGCUUUCCCUCCCCCCAAGACCAGCCCCCCACCCCUUCCAGAUCCCUUAGCUGUUUAUUUGUAACAUUUUAAAACUUUUUAUUUUAACUUUAAACAGCCUUAUUUUUCCGUAGUGUAGCGGUUCCCUCCUGCUCCUGCCCCGUGCACGCGCCCCCCCCCCCCCCCCCCGUGCACGCGCGCACUCCCGACGGUUCCGCCCCCGAUCCCGCCCCCCUUCUCUCUACUCUGCACAUCGAUGGCCGCCCACCCGCCUCCCAGACUUGCUCUCACCCACCAACGAUACCGGCCACCGAUGUCCGGUGCAGAGAGGGCCACAGAGUGGCUCUCUCUGCAUCGGAUGGCCAAGGGGGGUUAUUGCAGGAUGCCUCCAUAUCGAGGCAUCACUGCAAUAACCGGAAAGCAGCUGGAAGCGAGCAGGAUCGCUUCCAGCUGCUUUCCAGACCAAGGACGUACGCCACACGUCCUCGGUCAUUAACUGUAUUUUUUUUUAGGACGUGUGGCGUACGUCCUUGGUCAUUAAGGGGUUAAGCACAUGAAGGAUGUCUGUCUGUUUAGCUUUAAUACAUUUUAGUAUUCAGACAGCUUUUCAGGGUUUUAAUGUUUGCUUAAUAAAGCUUUUCACUUUUUACUAGAAUUGGAGCCUCUCAAACUUAUGGCUAGUGUAGGGGAAGCACUUCUACACUUGCUCACUUUCCCAAAGAAAGCCAUUUUCACGGACGUUCUUGUACAACCUUGUAGUUAUCAUUUAGGUUUAAUGAUGUCUGGAUAACUGUAUGGCAAAUCAAAAGAAAGUGUAACAUUGUGCGUACUAACCAUCUGAUAAUCAGGUUGCAUCGUAGAGUAAUAGGGUCAGAAAUCUGAAUAAAGAUGUCUAUAAAGUCGGUGAAUAAAAUGAGAACCGAGGAGUGGAAAAAUAGUCAGGAUUUGGGGAGCAUGAUUAGAAAUAAAAAAUAAUGGUUGAAUUGGUUAUCUAAAUUUGGAGGUUAAAGGGACACAAAACCAGUCCCUUAAAAUUGUAGGAGUAAAAAGUUUACAUAUUUACCUUGCCGGUCCUGUAAAAAUGAAAGUUCUCCUCUCCCAGAAGCAGUGCAGUAAACCAAUUAGACGCCCCAUUAACACUGCUUGCUCCUCUCUAUAGAAGCAAGCAAACGUAGCACCCUGCUUCUGGAGGGCAACAAAACAGCGGUGGCUGAGAGGGGAGGAGUAAGGUAAGUGAGGUUAAAGGGGGUUUGAUUUCAGAAAAUAAUUAAUUUUACAGGACAGUAUGUAAUAUUUUUACUUCUAAAUUUGGAAUUGACAGUUUUGGGUGCUUUUUUAAAGGGACAGUCUACAAUAUAAUUGUUAUUGUUUUAAAAUAUAGAUAAUCCCUUUAUUACCCAUUCCCCAGUUUUACAUAACCAACACAGUUAUAAUAAUACACUUUUUACCUCUGUGAUUACCUUGUAUCUAAGCAUCUUCUGAAAGCCCCCUGAUCACAUGACUUUGCAUUUUUUUAUCUAUUGGCUUGCAUUUAGUAAUGUCUUGUGCUAAAUCUUAGAUAACAUUGUGUUCACGCCUGGGGAAUUAUCUAUAUGGCCCACAUGAACUUGCUGUCUCUUGUUGGGAAAAGCAAAUACAAAAGUAUGUGAUUAAGAGGCUGUCAAUAGAGCCUUUUUAAACCGGCAGACAUUUAGAGGUUUAAAUGUUAUAAAGUAUAAUAAUCUAACAAUGUUGGUUGUGCAAAGCUGGGGAAUGGGUAGUAAAAAUCUAUCUAUUUAAACAAUAAACAUUUUUGUGUAGACUGUCCCUUUUAAGGUGAAAACUAAACUGGAUGGGGAUGAAACCAGAUGUAAAAUUGUAGUAAUGUUGGCAAGCAAUGUGGAAUAAAAUGUGAAAUUAAAAGAAGCUAGAUUUAACUGGAUCGAACAGUCAUGGGGUGGUGGUGUCAGAAACCUGGAAACAGACUGGGAAAUGAGAUUUAAGAAGUAAACAAAUUGUAAUUGUAUUUGAUGUACAAGUGAUGGGAGUAGCUACUUGUGUAACGGAGGGCAACUGUGCUGUCAUAGUGGGCUUUAUAGUGAGUGUUCUGUUGUGCUGAUCAAGGUUCUUUUAAUGAAUCUUUUUGCAGCAUGUGUGUGUCCUGCAAGCUUUACACUAACAUGUCUCAGGAACAGUAUUUCUAUCCUGAGUAAGUACACUUAUACCAGGGAAAUUUCACUUCCAAUUGUUACACUUCCUCUUGUUGCAUGUUACCUGUUCACAUUUUAUCUAGAAAAGGAGACAUCACUGCUGCUGAUUGUUUUGUUAUAGUAGAGAUUUUGUAUUAUGUUGCUUGUAACAAGGAGGAUAAAGUACAUGAAUCAAGGAGCCACUUGUUUCCUACUUGCUAUAUCUGCCUAAGACUAAAUAUUUAUGCAUUUCCCUUUUUUGCAUUUGUUGCAGCGUGGAGCAGAGACAGUGUCCAAGUAUUUUAUGGAAAGCCUUUAUACUUACCCUGUUAACAAAGGAUACAUAUGCCUUGUGAUUUGGCCUACUGUAAAUUCUGGAUAUAUUUUAAAAAAGUAAUAAACUUUUGAUCAGUGUUAAA